AUGCCAGUUCGUCUGCAAAAAAGAGCCCUUAUCUGCAACACCCGGCACUGCGUUUCAGACCGGCUUCCUCCGAGGCGAAAGCUUCCCGAUGAGUACGUCGCUGAAAUCUACCUAAUAUCCGAUCGCCGCCACCAAAAACUGUUCUCGACAGAUAAGGAGCUCAUCGCCUACUUGGCGGUACUGAUGAACGCAGUCAACAUUUGGUAUGAAGGGAUGCAGGAACCAAAACUAAAGACCAAAAUUGUGGGAAUCUCACGGUGCAAGACUAGCAGCAACGAAGUAAAAGUUGGUCGUUUUCUGCACGGCAAGCCUACCUUGGGAAAGUUCAUAGACUACGUGAGAAGGAAGUUGCCGAGAAACCCUGACGCCGUUUACGUGUUCACAGAACAAAACCUGGCUCUAGUCGAAUCCCCUGGACAACCUGAUGGCAAUCUUCUUGGCCUCGCAACACUGGCAUCCCUUUGCACUUCUCUCAAUGUCGGCAUGGGCGAAGACACGGCGGGCACCUUCAGAGGAGCUCACAUCGCUGCCCACGAGAUUGCGCACAUCUUGGGCUCGUCUCACGAUGGAGGCAUCGGUGACCCGUCGAUUCCAAAUAACAAGGGCGGCAAGCCGUGUCCUUGGGAUCAAGGAUACCUCAUGAGCUACGUGGACGGUGGCCUCAAGAAAUACCAGCUCUCACCUUGCACCAAGGCUCAGAUACGGGGGCUAAUCAGUAUCGUAUCCGACAAGUGCUUAGCAGAAACGUCGCCAUUAAGUAUGACAACACGACGCAACAUACUUCCCGGUCAAGUCAUCACAGCUGAAGACUACUGCAGUGGUCUACUGGCCGACAAAGGACGAGGAGUGCCCCUCCUGACUUGCAGGAAAGGCAUUUGCCGACAACACCGUCUGGAAUCGUGAUUUAUAACACAGCAUGGUCUGACAAUUUUUAUUGUGGAUACAAAAGCAAUGCCUGAAU